AUGUACAAAGAUGGAUGUACUCRUCCCCAAAACCGAUUAGUUGAAAUGUUCCAUGCAGGAACACCUAAACAAGUUAAAGAGCAUAUUUGUGACAACAUGACCAAGGAAGAUGGACAUUUACGAAUUGUGAUAUGCACAGUAGCUUUUGGAAUGGGGAUAAACUGCAGGCAAGUGAGAAGAGUCAUUCAUUUUGGACCCUCCAAGACUGUUGAACAGUACAUUCAGGAAUGUGGUCGUGCAGGACGUGAUGGUCUUCCAAGCUGCUGCAUUUUACUCUUCAAUGGAUUACUGUCAUCACUCAGUGAUAAGGAUAUGAAAAACUAUGUCCAGCAUGAAGGAUGUGCUCRUGUUUGGCUCAUGUCCCACUUUGAUAGUAAAGUGUCAUGUAUACAUUUGCUGCACAAAUGUUGUGGAUUCUGUGCUCAGAAAUGUAGCUGUAAAGGUGAUGAUUGUGGGAAUCUUUGGAGUCCAUCGACUGAUAAUAAACUGGGUCCACAAUUCAACACAUCACCUGACAACAAAUUUUCAAGAGCUGUCACUCAGCAUCAAAAGAAGGCAUUGGCGAAGGAGCUGCAUCAGUUUCGGAAAGAAUUGCUGGAAAAGGCUGACAUGGAUAAGAUGGUGACUUGCCCUAAUUUACUGAUGGAGUUUAACUCCUUUCACAUCAAUCAAGUACUUGAACACUGUGACGUUCUCUUCUCAAUUUCAGACAUUUUAAAGUCAGUUGAAAUUUGGCGAAUGCAGUAUGCUAAUGGAAUUCUACAAGCUUUGAGUUCUGUUUUUAAUGACAUUCAACUGAAUAGUCUAGAAGAUGAUGAAGGCCCAAUUUCAUUGGAGAUGUCCAACUACUCAGAGUGGAGCCAGAUCAGGGAUGAUUCAACCCUUGCUGAACUGUUUAACAGCCAUGAUUUGGAGGAACUUAGCUCAUUUCAUAUCUGUAUGGAUACAAUUGGCAGUAGUUUUGAAGAGUCAUUUUAA